AUGGAGGUACCUACAACUGUUUCGUACAGUGGUAGUAUGAGAGGAGGUCCCGCUGCGGAUUCAUCACGGGCCACAACUCUUUCUGGCGGUGGUGCACGCCGGGUGAACUUUACACAGAAACUAGCGCACCCAAAAAACGUUGGUGCAACACCUCCGCGAUCAUCUUUACAAAGGACCGAUUCAACUCCAUCAUUAAAUCAUCAGGCUUCUCAAGCUCUCUCCACCGCAGCUUCUGAAAAGUCCCGUGCAUCCCGUGCAUCGAUUUCUUCGAAAGCGUUGACACCGGCGCAGCAACCAGUGGAGCGCACAGCAUCCACCCCAUUAGCUGAGAACAAGGCAGGCGGUGCGUUUUCUUUUUCCCGAGUUCAAGCUGCAGGGGGAGCACAGGGUUCUCUUGGAAGCGAGACAGACUACUGGUUCCAUGCAGCCCCAACGACCACCAGUGCAGCACACCGUGCCUUUUCUUUAAGCUCCAAAUACGAAGCGCAGUCAGAAACGUCAGAAGCUUUGCGUGAGGAGGGCCGAUUCACCUCGGGGAGAAUGAGCAACAUUGAACGUAUUCUCGGCACCACUCCCGUCUCUGCCGACAAGAAGGGGGAGACAUCUCAUGGCCUAGAAGCCCUACGCCAGGCAGUAGAUGCCCUGCAUGAGGAUAGAGAGCUGGAGGGGCAGGAACAACAGCAGGACCUAUCGGAGUGGCAGGAGCCUCUUGAAGAGAAGGACUCAGAUGGCGCCAUCAGCAAUGGGAGCGCCAUUGCAACAGAGCUCUGGAAAAGACGUGAUACACAAUCUUCGACUUAUUCUCCACUUUGCUCUCGAACUCUCCGAGAACGCUGUGCCUACACAACGAGCGACGACUGGGCAAUAUUCGCCCUGCAUAAUCAAUAUGUGAGGCCCUUAAGGGACCGUGAAUGGGUCCCUGGGGAGCCUUGUAUCAUCCGCAGGAAUUGCUUUGAACUACCACCAGGCGCAUGCCGCUUCUCCGAGGUUUCUUGUGGUAUUCCUGCCACUGCAUUUGACAGUUUCGUGUUCCCUAACCCCCCAAGGCAGUUUCUUAUCUCUUCCUCAAAAAGAACUUCUGGCAACGUCGAGUUCGCCCAGCCUUCAUCUGUAAGGAGUGGCAGGGGCCGAGGUGGAGCACGAGGGAGUGGCUCGCAGUUAACUCAGGAGCAGUUGCUUGACUUGGAGAGAAUGUUGUGGUUCGACCCGGAACCCCGUCUGGAAAGGCCAUUUAGAUUGUAUGCUGAUUCGAAAACUUGCCUCAAGGGCCGUAUCCACGAUAUUGGCCAUAUAAUGAGGAGCGGAUGGUGA